AGUGAGGCCCGUGACGGAAAAAAGGUUACUACAAAAAUAAAUUGUAGUCGGUGCAUUAUCAACUAGCAGCAAUCAUUCCCUGGUUCCGUUGGCUAAGCGAUACGGUCCUCUAUCGGGCUAUGGCGGACAGGAAGACGUUUCUCCUGCUGCUAGCCUGUUUUCUUCAGGUGCUCAUUUUACUGGCCGUGUUUACGCACGCUCCCAUCGAUACUAGUUAUUUUUGGACACACGUAUCCGAGCAGCCAAAGGCCAGUGCGAGGCAGCAAGGUGGUGAUCACAAAACCUUCCAGGAGAAGGUCGCACGCGACGAUGUAUUGUCAGGCAGACCAGUGUCAGUUUGGAGUUCGCCACCCACUCACCGUCUGAAUCUGAAAACCGCUGAUAAGCAAGAAGGGGCUGCCAAGAUGGAGACGGAAGCGAUCAUGGAUACUGUGGAAAGCACAGAGAUGUCGCAUCGCGAACUCGAGCCAGCCGAACCAAGCAUAGCCAGGCAGCCAGUGCAAUCUCUUUCUCUUCUUCUAAUUGUCAAGACAGGUCCGGACUAUUUCCAGCGGCGAGAAGUCACCAGAAGACUAUGGUUCUCACGCUGCACAAGUGGACAGCUUUAUGGAAAAUCGUCUGAUUUAGCGCCGAAAGAACAGUGGACGAUGAAGCAAGUCACUGUGGAAUGUCUUUUCCUGACAGGAACUUCAGCAAAUGCCACUGUCAUGAGAAAGUUAAGAGAAGAGAUAGCACAGAAAGGUGAUGUGUUCCUAGCACCAUUCGCUGACGGUUAUGACCGAAUGACUUCCAAGACCCAGUGGUCUCUGAUGUGGAGUUUGCGUCGGGACAAUCACUAUGACUACCUGAUGAUGGUGGAUGAUGAUGCGUACGUUGUGUUUCGUCACCUCAUCCCCUGGCUGCUGAGUCAGCCCAGACAUGAGUUCUAUUCUGGCCACUUGCACUUCAACAGAGGUCUGAUUCCAUGCUCCACGGAUCCAGGUCAUCCGAAUUGUGUUGAUGCAAGUAGUCCCGUGUUCAAAGGUAAACGCCAGUACCCUCCUUUCGCCUCCGGCUUUGCCUAUAUCCUGUCACGUGACGUUGUCCAGCUCAGUGUCCAGGAGGUGGUGCGCUACGUUAGUGACACUAUCCCUGGUAACAUCGAGGAUGCCGUGCUGGGAACUCUCCUGAAUGCGGCAGGUGUGAGUUUGCGUGACGAGAAAGGAUUCGUGCACUGGGCUGAUGAGCGUGGCCGAUGUCCAGCAAACGCAGCCGUAAUUGUUGUCGGGAAUGUCCCCGCUAACGAUCUUGCCAAAUUAGAAGAGAACGAUCGAACAGGGAAAGCAAUUUGCUUUGGACUCUAGACCUGGAGAUCUCCAUGUUGGAGUACAAGAACCGGAAUUUUUUCAAUUUUGUUGUACCAAUAUCACCCGUACUUUCUGUGCGUCUGAUUCAAAUCAAAAUUCCAAUACCUACAUGAGAUCAACCAUGAACCAUUGGUCAACUAA